AGGUUUCCUUUUCAGAUAAUGCUAAGCAAUAAGCUAAGAAGAUUAUUUGCUAAAUUAAAUGUGGAAAAAGACAUGAAAAUUCAGUCUAUAUCGAAGAAAAAACUGCAGACAAAGAAAAAGCCCACGGUCGAGCUGCCUGACAAUGUUUGGAACCUCAUCUUUGACUACUCGUCACCGUUUGAUGUAAUAAAAUGGCGACGAGUCAAUAAACAAUUCAAACGCAUUACCGAUAGUCGUGUAAAAAGGACGCUUUACCUAGACGUGUUGAGAAUGGAUAUCACACAAAUACUGCCGAAAGGAGUCAUGGGAGAUGGUGACUUCUUCCGACACCCUACUUGCAAUUUAUUAGGGCAUCACGAAUAUCGUUCUCUUCUGCUCGCCGCUCAUGCGCAGUGGACAGCAAAAGAAGCGGCAAAAUUGCUGCGUGCGGUUCAGUUCUUUGGCAAAAACGCUCAUACCAUCAUGAUCGAUUCAUCGAUAGCUGAGCUAUUUGUGGCAGGACAAUGUACGACAGACAUACCGGCAUGGUUCGCAUUCCAGGCCGCAGCCGGUGGUACCGAUCCAACAUCGGAGUCCGAUGAGAUUCAGACCCCAGGAUGGCUCCAAAGUGAAGCGAAAUUCAACAUGUCCACAUAUCUUGGUCAGUCUGAUGGUGAUUUACCGCAGUGGAACCCAACAACGCAACGCAUUCCAUUAGGGCCGCUCUUCCCGAAAGCAAGAGAGAUCACAUUCCGUUGUACUGUUCCGCAAUUACGUCGUAUGCGUCGACUAGCCGUCUAUCGCGUGCCGGCCACCAUGAUCUUCUCACCAGAACAUCUGCAAGUAUUCCGUCUGGCCAUCAUUGGUAGACGUUCCAAUGCACCAGCUACGAUAAAACUACGUCCAUUUCGUGAAUGGCUUGAUGCUGACCAACUCGGUAACAAGCUUUGCGUACAGUUCUGCUGAGUCAAGAAGAGACGGAUUCAUAGGCCUUCGUUUUUACCUCCUCCUCCAAGUAAGGGCAGUUCUAGUGCCUUAACCGUAUAAGUGUGCUGUAAUAAAAUCCAAGGUUGUGAUACGCACCAAACAACGCGC